AUGAGUGGACCAGAAGAACCCCUCCCAGUGAAGGACAGGGGCCCCUCUCCAGCGGGGGCCUCUGAAGCCUCCAGUCCCCCCCCCGCCGUGAAGACCGAGACCGAGACCAGCAACGGGACCCUGGAAGAGUCCAGUCCAGAGAUGUGUCCCGGGAGCGACGGGGCGGCCUCCUGCUACGCUCCGGCUGAGAAUGCUCCUAAAAGGACGUCUCCGACCUCAGCGAGCUCCACUUCCUCUGGGCUGAAGAUGGAACUCCGGAACCUAGAGACCAGUAACGGGAAAACCAGAGACACUGCGGAGAUCUGUGUGAUGGUUAACGAGGGAGGGGCCAGAGGAAGACCAGGAAGACCCCCAGCAGACCUAAAGAAGUCCUCUCCGGCUUUGGCCUCGUCCUCUCCGUCUCCCACCGCCGUCAAACGGGAGCCACUGGACUCCACCAAUGGCAAAGCUGCGGAGCUAAACCCGGCCGAGAUCUGCGUCCUGAUUGGAGGGAACGAGGCGGGUGGACUGGGACCGCGGCGAGCUCAGGCUGAGGGCUCCUACGUCUGCGGCGUCUGUGGGAAAAAGUACAAAUACUACAACUGCUUUCAGACCCACGUCAGGGCCCACAGAGAGUCCGAGGGGAUGGUGGGAGAGAGUCUGCCUCAAACGCCGAGCAGCAGCUUCCGUUACUCCUGUGACAUCUGUGGAAAGAAGUACAAAUACUACAGCUGUUUCCAGGAGCACCGCGACCUGCACGCAGUGGACGAUCCAUAUGAACAAGUGCUGCUGCCUGUGGACGGACUGAAGGAAGAACCAGUGGAACCAUACCAGAAGAUUGGACCAAAGUCCGGGAGCUACGUGUGUGAAUUCUGUGGGAAACAGUACAAAUACUUUAACCCGUACCAGGAGCACGUGGCUCUUCACACGCCCAUGGGAACCUUUGACUUGAAGCCUCUGAAGGCUCAGGACAGUUCUGCUCUGGACAUCAGUAAAUAUGGACCGAGCCAAAGCAGCAAGAUGAAGAACAGUCCAUUCAGAAGGAAACUGGAGAGCACAUUUCAGUCGAGCCUCGUGGAAACCAACAGUUUGCAGAAUUCGAGCGGCGCUCCGAGCCCCCUGGUGGCCAGUUCGUUUACUGCAGCUCAGACUCACAGUGAGAAUCAUACCAAAGGGGACUCUCCAAAGACCUCCUCAGCCUCGGGUCCUCAGGAGCAGCUCUGGAGAGGCUCUCAGGCCCAGUUCUUAUCCUCAGUGAAACUACAGAUACAGCCUCAAGGUCUCACACAGAGAAACCACACCUAUCCUCAGAAUAACGGCCUCCCGGAGAAGGAGCGGCAGCAGGUGGCCGAGCGCCUGCUGCGCGUCAUGUGCUCAGACCUGAACAUGUUGAGUGUGAUCAACAGUAAAGACUUCCUGAAGUUGGCGCAGACGUUGGUGGACACCGGCGCUCGCCACGGCGCCUACUCGACCCGCGACGCUCUGGGAAACAUGAGCGCGUUGGCGCUGCGCCAGCUGCCGCGCAUGUACAACCAGGUGAAGGUGAAGGUCACGUGUGCGCUGGGCUCCAACGCCUCUCUGGGCAUCGCCGUCACCUGUCACUCACACAUGUCAGGACCAGACGCCUGCUACGUCCUCACGGCGUACCAGGUGGAGGGCCCCCGGCUCAAGCGCUACGUCCUCGGGGUCCGAGAGGUGGAGCUGAGGGAGGGCCCCGAGCAGGUGCACCACUGGGUGCAGAACGUGCUGUCGGAGUUCGUCAUGUCGGAGAUCCGCACCGUGUACGUGUCGGAGCCGCGGGUGUGGGCCGCGGGGGUGGGGGCCUCCCCUCUGGGCUCCAGCAGGGGGAGGGUGUGUCUGCGCUGUGCCGGCUGUUCCCUGGGGGCCGUGGUGCAGGCGGUUCUGGGGAAGCGCAGCCUUCAGGCACGAGGCCUGCAGGACCUGGCAGAGCUGCUGUCCUCCUGCAGAGACAUCUCCUCCUCCUCCUCCCUGAGCCUGAGGGAGGAAAACACCCCCGAGGAGAGCCAGCCCUCAGCGGCCCCCACCCCCCCCUGCUGGGACCCCAUGGCCGAGGCCCUGCUCCAGGUGCACGCUCACUUUGAGCAGAUCUGUGAAGCGUACGGCCGCAGUAAGAGCACAGCUCCUCUGCUCCAAGGUCUGAACAAACACCUCCUGUCCACUCUGGCCUGCCUCCUCGCUCCUCUGCGCCUCGCUGCUCUGGAGCUGAGCAGUCAGAGGAGGCCCACGCUGCAGCAGGUGCUGCCCGUCUACCUGCGCCUCGAGAAGUUCUUCACCUCCAAAGCAGGAGAGGCAGGAACUGGCACCGCCAGCAAACUCUGCCACUACUUCCUGGAAGCACUGAAAGAAAACUUUAAGGUGGAGCGGGCGCACCAGGUGGCCAUGGUCCUGGACCCUCAGCUCAAGCUCCGCUCAGUUCCCGCCUAUCAACACGAGGACAUCAUAUCUCGAGCGUGUGAAAUGGCGGCCGAAAGCAGGGAUGGAGGUCUCUCAGGACUCGGAGCUGCUGGAGAAGACCGUGACUGCGACGGCCCACCGAUGCCAAAAAUCAGCCGCGUCGAAGGCGCCGGGAGCAACGGCGGCACCUGCGCUCUCUCCGGCGGUGACGACGCCCAGAUCCGGCAGGAGAUCUUCCAGUACCUGGCGGAGCCUCUGCUGCAGGGGACCCCAGACCUGUUCCAGUUCUGGAGCACCGCGGUCACAGAGAAGUUCCCGCGGUUAGCGCGCCUGGCGCUGUGGCUGCUGGCCGUGCCCGCCGUGGCCAUUCGCUCCGAGUGCGUGACUGUGUGUGAGCAGAGCAUGGCCAUGAAGCGGCGGCAGCAGGUCACGGCCGAGGAGAUGAACAAACUCAUAUUUCUACACUCCAACCUCAGUUAA